AUGCCGAAGGAUGUGAUCUUAAUUGUGUGGUUUUGUGUGUGCACCGCCAGGACAGUGGUGGGCUUUGGGAUGGAUCCCCACCUUCAGAUGGAUAUUAUCACUGAGCUCGACCUCGUGAACACCACCCUUGGAGUCACUCAGGUGUCUGGACUGCACAAUACCAGCAAAGCAUUUUUAUUUAAAGAUACAGAAAGAGAGAUCCACGCAGCCCCUCAUGUGAGUGAGAAAUUAAUUCAGCUGUUCCGGAAUAAGAGUGAAUUCACCUUUCUGGCCACUGUACAGCAGAAGCCAUCCACUUCAGGAGUGAUACUGUCCAUUCGAGAACUGGAACGCAGCUAUUUCGAACUAGAGAGCAGUGGUCUGAGGGAUGAGAUUCGAUAUCACUACAUACAUGACGGCAAGCCCAGGACAGAGGCACUUCCGUACCGGAUGGCUGACGGACAGUGGCACAAGGUCGCACUGUCAGUUAGUGCCUCCCAUCUCCUGCUCCACAUCGACUGCAACAGGAUUUAUGAACGUGUGAUAGACCCUCCUGAGACCAACCUUCCCCCAGGAAGCAAUUUAUGGCUUGGUCAGCGCAACCAAAAGCAUGGUUUAUUCAAAGGGAUUAUCCAAGAUGGGAAAAUCAUCUUUAUACCAAAUGGAUACAUAACACAGUGUCCGAACCUGAAUCGCACUUGCCCAACUUGCAGUGAUUUCUUAAGCUUGGUGCAAGGAAUAAUGGAUUUACAGGAGCUUUUGGCCAAGAUGACUGCAAAACUGAACUAUGCAGAGACAAGACUUAGUCAAUUGGAAAACUGUCAUUGUGAGAAGACCUGUCAAGUGAGUGGACUGCUCUAUAGAGACCAAGACUCCUGGGUUGACGGUGAUCACUGCAGGAACUGCACAUGCACAAGUGGCGCUGUGGAAUGUCGAAGGAUGUCCUGUCCCCCCCUCAACUGCUCUCCAGACUCCCUCCCCGUGCACAUUGCAGGCCAGUGCUGUAAGGUCUGCCGACCAAAAUGUAUCUAUGGAGGAAAAGUCCUUGCAGAAGGCCAGCGGAUUUUAACCAAGAGCUGCCGGGAAUGCAGAGGUGGAGUUUUAGUAAAAAUUACUGAAGCGUGCCCUCCUUUGAACUGCUCAGAGAAGGAUCACAUUCUCCCAGAGAAUCAGUGCUGCAGUGUCUGCAGAGGUCAUAACUUUUGUGCUGAAGGACCUAAAUGUGGUGAAAACUCAGAGUGCAAAAACUGGAAUACCAAAGCUACUUGUGAGUGUAAGAAUGGUUACAUCUCUGUCCAGGGAGACUCUGCCUACUGUGAAGAUAUUGAUGAGUGUGCGGCUAAGAUGCAUUACUGUCAUGCCAACACUGUGUGUGUCAACUUGCCUGGGUUAUAUCGCUGUGAUUGUGUCCCAGGAUACAUUCGCGUGGAUGACUUCUCUUGUACCGAGCACGACGAAUGUGGCAGCGGGCAGCACAACUGUGAUGAGAAUGCCAUCUGCACCAACACCGUCCAGGGUCACAGCUGCACCUGCAAACCGGGCUACGUGGGCAACGGGACCAUCUGUAGAGCAUUCUGCGAAGAGGGCUGCAGAUAUGGUGGAACGUGCUUGGCUCCUAACAAAUGUGUCUGUCCUUCUGGAUUCACAGGAAGCCACUGCGAGAAAGAUAUUGAUGAAUGUACAGAGGGGAUCAUUGAGUGCCACAACCAUUCCCGCUGCGUUAACCUGCCAGGGUGGUACCACUGUGAGUGCAGAAGCGGUUUCCAUGACGAUGGGACCUAUUCACUGUCCGGGGAGUCCUGUAUUGACAUUGAUGAAUGUGCCUUAAGAACUCAUACCUGUUGGAAUGAUUCUGCCUGCAUCAACCUGGCAGGGGGCUUCGACUGCCUCUGUCCCUCUGGGCCCUCCUGCUCUGGUGACUGCCCCCAUGAAGGAGGACUGAAGCACAAUGGGCAGGUGUGGACGCUGAAAGAAGACAGGUGUACUGUCUGUUCCUGCAAGGAUGGAAAGAUAUUCUGCCGGCGGACAGCUUGUGAUUGCCAGAAUCCAAGCGUUGACCUUUUCUGUUGCCCAGAGUGUGACACCAGGGUCACAAGUCAAUGUUUAGAUCAAAAUGGACACAAGCUCUAUCGUAGUGGAGACAACUGGACUCACAGCUGCCAGCAGUGCCGGUGUCUGGAAGGGGAGGUAGAUUGCUGGCCGCUCACUUGCCCCAGUUUGAGCUGUGAGUACACAACCCUCUUGGAAGGGGAAUGUUGUCCCCGCUGUGUCAGUGACCCCUGCCUGGCUGAUAACAUCGCCUAUGACAUCAGAAAAACUUGCCUGGACAGCUAUGGCCUCUCUAGGCUUAGCGGCUCAGUGUGGACAAUGACUGGAUCUCCCUGCACAACCUGCAAAUGCAAGAAUGGAAGUGUCUGCUGUUCUGUGGAUCUGGAGUGUCUUCAUAAUAAUUGAAGUAUUUAAAAUGGACUCAUCAUCGCGG